AUGUUCAGUCAGCGUCGUAAGAGACCCGCUGCCCAGCUCAUCGCCUCGGGUGCGAAAAGGCCUCGUCCAUCAAAGUCAUCCAUGUACUCCCAUGGACGGGCAGUAUUUUGCCGAGGUGACCAUAAAGCUGACAAGCAUAAACAGUGGGCCGCACUUGGGGCCUGGUUUCUUGGGCCUAAAGCCGAGAACGGAGACGUACUUCGCGACCUGUUGACGCAAGCUGUGGAUGCCCAAAUUGGAUUUCGUCACAGGUGAGUUCAUAGAGAUCUUACGAUUCAAGGACGUGGACAAGAUUUAACUUAAAGUUUUUUCGCCUAUUCUCAAAAAAUCAGUAGCGAGUUUAACCCUCUUCUGGCUUUUUUUUUUUUUGCUUCCUGCGACUGGUUUAAAUUUUUAAAGAAGGAUCUGGAACGAUCCACCAUCUUGGAUCCGCCAUUUGAGUUAAGUAAUUUUGUUCUAUUUUCCUUAAAACCCCUAUAAACCGAGCUAAAUGUGAUAGGAAAUUGAUCUGAUCAGGAAGCAAAAAAAGAAAGAAAGAAAGAAAGAAAAAAAACUGAUCAAUCUAGUAGUCAUGGGGUUCCAGAUAUAAAUUUGUUCUAGUUUAGGUUUCUCCUGGUCUACUAUAGUAACAUUUUCGUUUGUAAACGAGCGGUGGUACGACUCCAAUUAGCGUCUUUUGAAUUCUAAGAAUAAUGACUGCUUAUUCAUGACUGCAUUUUGAUGGCGUUUUCAUGUUGAUAAUGGCGUUUACAUUUGAUCUUUAUUAGAGACUUUUUGCUUCUUGACGAUCAUUCGUGAACAACUAAGUUAAAACAAUAUAAUUACUACGCCGACCAAUCAGUGCUAGUUAACCAGAUUGCUGACAAAUGUACGUCAUCACUGUGGAAUUCAUGUAGCCGAAUCGCGCAGACGUCUCUCCCCCGAAUCGCAAUGUCCUCAAGGAGAGACGGCUGUAUUGGCAGGCUAGCUUGUUAACGGCUCCUGCUAUAGUUUUUCGAGGCUUUUUUAAAAAUUUUAUCUAUACAUUUAUAUUACUUUUUUUUCUUAAAACCGCGGGCCACGUUAGACAAAACAAAUAAAACAAGUGUUCUCUAACAGAUCAUGGGCAAUGACCAAUCACAGCGCGCGUAGCGUUCACAACUUUGUAUAAACGUGUAUACUACUCCACCAAGGAGAGGCGGAUUUUUAGACACCUCGCCUUUCAGUACUGGUAUGAACCUAGUUGAUGCACUUAGAGUAACACAGCAGUUUUUAUCAUCCCACCUUCUUUGUGUUGGGCUAGCGCUGCAUUUUGCCUCCGCAACGUAAUCAUUAAGAUUGUUAAUUCUGAACAGCUUGUUUUGAUACUUUUUUCAGUUAUUUUCCCUGUGACCCUCCCUACAUCACAGACGAGCUUCGAGAAGCAGGGGGUUUUAAGCAUGCCAUGGAGAAUUUACAAACGGAGAUGGACCAAUUGCAAAAGGAUCUGAGAAACUCCGUUCCAUUCUUUAGUUCACGUUACAAGGUAAUAGGUACUAUGUAGUACACCAGAAGUAUAUGGGUUAUAUGAUUCUGAGUACACUUGAUUACGUUGCUUCUUUUCUGGCUUUGUAGAUUCUAGGUAAUUAAAUGAAGACUGGAAUUUUGGCAGGACUCUUGAGUAUUGUUUUAGACAGGCGUACUUAGACUAAACGAAAUAAAAAUACAAAAAAGCAAAGGCAUUUAGAUCCAUUUGUAAGAGAAAAAUAGUAAAAGACAUAAAACCAAUUUAAAUUUCACAUAAUUUUACCUAUUAGAUACAAGUCUGCUUUUAACAGUGACAAGAAUUGAUUUCAUGGAAGUUGUCAUUCUGGAAACUUUAAAAACUUCCUUGAAGAUGUACUUUAACAUACAGUAAACUAUUUAAUAUUAGUUGACUUUUAAAAGAUAUGUUGAAUCGGGUUUGCUCUGGACGAGAUCAGACGACUGACUUAAGUUGCGUUAGACACUUUAGCAACUGCAUCGACUGAAUUCUCCAUUGUCCUAGCCAGGAAUUAACCAAGCCCAGAAAGCGCUUUGUACUCUUCAGAUUUUGAUUUUGUUUAUUUCGCCUUGGACUCGAAACGGCUCUCUGGGGUUCGAGAAACGGGCUAUAGUUUUACGUGUUUUCCUUGAAGUGACAUCGACUGCUAACAUGUUUCUAGGGCCACGUUCUUUGGGAGACCGCCAUGCCCGCUAACCUUGGCUACAUCUCUGCAUUGCUGUUCAACCAAAACAACUGUGCAGCCGAAGCAUCCACUGUUACAACCAAAUACGAGGUCGAAGUGGGAACGGACCUGUCUGUCAUGAUGGGGUAUGACAAGGACAAGUCAAUGGGACAUCUUACCGCUGGUGGCUCCGUCGCCAACAUUGAAGCAAUUUGGGCGGGAAGAAAUGUGAAGUACUUUCCACUGGGACUGCAAGAGGCUUUGUUGAAGGAGGAGAGGUUUGCUGGUGCGAAAGACUAUAAGGUGACCGUAAUUUAAUGAAGUUAAACGGAGACAGAAAGCAAUGUCGCAUUUUUUAAUCAGAAAUUCCGAGCACAGACUGGUCUGACAUAGAGUACGAGGAAAUAAAAUAUAUUUGAACACACAAGUUAAAAACAAAAACAAAAAAAAUAGAACACAAUUGACGUGAAAUUGAAUAAGCAAGAGACUGGUUUUGAAAUAAUCCACAUAGCAAACGAAAUACUUUUCUUGUUCCUUUAACAAAACAGGUUAAAACAACUUACAGCUGGGUCAGUUAUUUAGGAAUCGAUUGCGGUGCAAAAAGUUAAUGGUUUCUUGGUGUUGACUUGUGGACAGGUACAAUCACCAACGUAAUAAUGACAAAAGAUUGAAAAGACACCGAACCGCGCCACAACACGAAAGCGCACCAGCAAUUGUUUCCGCAACACACACACAAAGAAAAAAAAGAAAAUUAUUAAUUUCGGGAUCCAAGAUUUGACCAAAUACGGUGCGGUAUUCGGGAACUGACGUAACAUAUCUUAACGGAAAACGAGAUUUUACAGCUACCGGCCAGAAAGGGUUCUUCGCCCAAAUUUAUACCCGGAAUUGGGGAUUUAUUAUUAUUAUUAUUUUUUUUUGUAACUCGUAUGUUGGCAAUUCGAGAAGUCAUACAAUUGAGCAGCAAAUGCAAAUCAACCAGGCGCGCUUUUGGUGCAUGGUGUCUCCUAUAUAGUGUGCCUUGUUAAUUAGUUUUAUUAUUCUUAUUCUUUUAAUUAUUUUAUCUCAUUAUGUUUGGAAACAAAAAAGGAAUUCGAAAAAGCGAUGAAAAAAGAGCGGGAUGCAGGAUUUUCGUGAGGAAGGAGCGAAAAUGCAGGAUCAAGGCCCACCCCCACCCUACCCCCUUUCCAGACCCUGAAAACAUCCCAUAUAUUUAUCAUAGUAUUUGAUAGUAUUAUUUAUUUGCUUUAAUAUUGUUAUUGAUACCUAUCAUAUCCUACAAUUAGGUUAGUUUUCCCCAAAGAGGUGGUGAAGAAGGGGAAUUAAUAAGUGCGUCGCAGUGGGAACUUCUCAAUCUUGACGUCGACACUAUCCUAAAGAUGCCUUCUGAUGUACAGAAAAAAUUAGAUAUGGAACAUCAGACAUUCAUGGAGAUUAUGGGCCAACAUCUUUACGAGUCAAUUGGAGCACAAGAAUUUGCUAGACGACACAUGCUAACUCAGAGUGCCUGCGUUAUCGUCCCAAGCACGGCGCACAUUUCCCUAACUAAAGCAGUCACUAUUCUUGGUCUCGGACGAGAGAGCCUGGUGACGGUAGCAGUUGACGAAGAUGCCCGGAUGGACCCAAUAGGUUAGUGAAUUGACUUUAUAUACAAUGCUACAUCCCGUGACUUCAAAAGAGAAUAAAAACCAUCUUUGAAAGAUUUAGCGACAUCUUUGUGAUGGUAGAUGAAGAAGAUUUUGUACUUCACUCACAUAGCUCUUUGCGACUCGUAAUAGAACUUUCCAAGGGUGAUAUAACGGUGUGCAUUAUCUUUCAGAUCUCAAGCGUGUUCUCGAAGAAAAAUUGGAGCAAGAGAUUCCAGUCAUUACAGUGGUAUCUGUGAUGGGAACAACGGAAGAAAGCGCCGUCGAUCCUUUGACAGAAAUUCUUGAUUUGAGGAAAAAAUUUAGCAAAAAGGUUAGGUUUGAUUUUUUACACUACUCUCCAAAUAGCUAAAAUUCGGGGUUAAUUAAGACAUAAAUGCAAAUGUCACUUGUGCUCAUUUGUUUCUAGCCUCCAACGCAGGCGUUGUUAGGGUUUGGACACGCGUUCCUGCCCCGCUACGAACGUCUGUUGAAACACGGACGAUUAAAAACAGAGAACAAUCACAGCCCGGUUCUAAGACUGCGGAGUGUACUUUGGAUCUUGAACAAUUAAACGCGAGACUCAAAGGUCAGAAAGGGUAUUAAUUUAGCGAAACCUAGUCGAAUUCUUGGAGAGAACUCCUAAGUAAAUAAUUAAACUUUCACACUUCCCUGUGCUAGAGGUCACCCUUUCCACAAUCUCUUGACAAGCUCACAUCCUGAAAUGUACCUAUUAUUUUCUAAAGGGUCUCAACUUUUGCGUCCACGCGGAUGGAGCCUGGGGUGGAUAUUUCUGCAGCAUGUUGCGCGACCAGCCAAAAUCCGCUACUGUCAUAACACCAGAGGAUGGAUUUGUUCCCGAAUUGUAUUUAAGUACCUACGUCCAUGAGCAGUUAUCAGCGCUCCAUCAAUGCGAUACUAUCACCAUAGAUCCUCACAAAUCUGGCUUCUGCCCAUACCCCGCGGGAGCACUCUGUUACAGAGACAGCGACAUGAACACAUUUCUUCAAAUAACAACUGCAGUUGCAUAUUACCAUGGUGACGUAAAUCUUGGAGACAUUGGCAUCGAAGGUUCCAAACCCGGGGCAGCGGCUGCUGGUGUUAUGCUUGCAAACAGGGUAAAAUUCAGUGACUACUAUAAUAUCGUGUGAAUGAUUAAUUAAAGUAUAUAUUAUAAUUUUAGUUGCUAGGCUAACGAAGAAAGUUAACAUUUUCUCAAAUGUCUCCGCCUCAGUUCAGCGCAAAAAUAUAUACUCUAAUCUGACUGGCUAAAAAUUGCACUUGAAUAGUGUCUUUCAAAUUUCAUAAUACUUAGUUGCGGAUACAAGAGCCGUUUUAACCAUGAGCAAAUGGCUUUGCCCACGGGGAAGCAACUUUUUACCCGUGACCGAUUUUCGCAAGGUGAAAUAGCCUAAGUGAAAUGUCAUGAGCACGUCAAAAAAAAUUAAAAGAAUUACCCACGACAGUUCCCGAGGCAAGUUCCGUGGGCUGAUAAGUAACCAAAGCGGGUCAAGCAAUCACACGAGAGAAAUGUUCUAAACAAGAGAAACCACGUGUCGUUUACGUGCUGUGUUCAUGUUGGCGCCAAUUCCUACUCCCAACUAGGUGCUUUGGAGAAAAGGUCUAAUAUGUCCCUUGUAAUCUGCAACCUACUAUUUUAGUCAUAAAAUGAGCUCUGGCAGAAACGUAAAUGAACAAACAGAACACCCUUUGGAGGUGAGUUCACUUAAAGGGGAGUACUAACAGACUGAAGCUAAGAUAAGAUGACAAAAAAUAAUGAGAAAAAGAAAAUAAAACAAACAAACAAUAAAAAAAAUGCCUAGAAACAUAACUCCAUGGAAAAGAAAGUAACAAACUAUGGAUUUUAAAAUUUUCUCGGAAAAAAAAAACAGACCAUUUACCGAUAUAUUUUACGUUUGAUGAACUUUACUAAUUAGUGUCGCUCAUACCUAUUCGCACUUCUAAUUCCACCGUUUCAGGUUAUAGGUCUCCACAAAAACGGCUACGGGCGUGUUCUAGCUGAAUGCAUGUUUACAGCCAAGAUUAUGUACUGCAUGUGGAUAACGCUAGCUGACAAUGACGACAAUUUUGUCAUCGAGACAACGAAACCUCUACCCAAAUUCAAGAACUGGACGGAAAUACAACAGAAGAAAUUCAUUAAGGAACGAAUUCUUGGAAAGUCCAACGAGGAACUUGCACAGGUAACCCAAAUUUCAGACUUUUUUACCGGCGGGUGAUAGAGGAAUAGCUCAGUUUCAAAUGAAUAAUUCGCCCCAUGUAAAGGAGUACGGAUUCCAGAAUCCGGGAAAAUUUUGCUUGUGGAAUCCGAAUCCGGAGCUUUGUAAUCUGGACUACAGGUCAAGGAUUCCAGAAAUCCAUUCACGAUUGGAAUCCAUUAUCCAAAUUUCACCGACCAAGACUGGAAUCCAGUACCUGGAAUUUGGAAUCCGCGGGAUGGAAUCCAGAAUCCAGGACUGUCCUGGAUUCCCGUACAUAAGGCGAAAUAAUAACAACACCUUGUUUUUCUGUGCAUAUGUCAUAUAGGAUGAGUUAGCAAUGGAGUACUUAAAAGAAGUUGGACCUGACACCAUGAUUCCGUGUUUCUCUGUAAACCUGAAAGGAAACAAGAGUGUUGAUCUAUGCAAUAAAAUCAACAAUGCCAUCUUCCAAGAUCUUAGUCACUCGUCGAGCGAGCAUACAGCACAUCGCAUUCCAAUGAUCGUCACCUCUUCAAGUUUGAUUCCUCACAAGCACAGUUCUGCCGCGUCACAUUUCAAGAAGCGUUUGGGGGUAAGUCAACCUGUGACCGUACGUGGCAAAUAUCGAAGGACAAUUUUCAUAAUAAAAAAAUGGGCGAAAUAGAUAGCUUUUAAAAUAAAAAGAAUUAAGAAACUCUCUUUGUGCAGAAACGAACUCUAGGUCUAGGGGACUAACAUGAGCAGGACACGGGAAUACUGGUCGUCUCGUUUGGAGUGUUAAUUGCUGAUUUUAGUCUUACUUAGAGGUAUUCAGGACAAAAAGCCGACAUUUUUACUCAUACAGUGAUAACUUGGUGUUGAGCGUAAAGAAGUAGCAUCUCAAUGAAACCAAACCAAGAGUCGUGAUAAAGGUGCAUCUUUGACAAAAUUAAAGUCGCUGUGGGUUGUUUUUAUUUGAUUGUCUGUUUCUGUGCCAGAUAGAGUCUGUCAGCUACGCCCUGCUCGGGGUUAAGUUCUACUUUUCCGACGAGAAUCCCCGUUCCUUUUAUACUUGGAACUUGGUUUCCGAGCGAUUAGAGAGAGUUCGCUGUAGAUCAAUCCCGAGACGCAAUUGCAAAUAAGGCGAUUUUUGCUUGACCUUGAAUAAUUAGCCAAUUGUCGAAAUUAAAGAUAGUUGAUUGGUUCAUCGGUCGAUAAUCAACGGUGCUCUUUUGAUCUUAGCUUGAUCCUGACAAUGACAGCUCCGUGAAGUAUAUCAUCACAACUUGCAUGGAUCCAUGGGCCACCUCCCUAGAGUUUAUGGAUGACAUGGCUUCUCUCAUGAGAAACAGCAUUCUCUGUGCAAUUGGAACGGUAUGAGAAAUCUACAUUGCUAUUUUUAGCUUAAAAGGGACCACUGAUAUUUGUCUAGUGAAGGUCACCUGAAAUUUAAACACCCAAGCAGUCUGGCUGAUGAGCGCCAAUGAUCCAACCAUGAAAGACACGCAUCAAUCCCUUAAUUAAUCAUUCAGCGGCAGCAAAGGUUUUCCUCUGAUAUUUUGAAGAUUUUCUAUUCAUUGAAUUUUUUUUUGCACAUUCAACGAAAUUUGGUGACAAUAUGAAGUUCGCUAUGCACGGUUAAUGUUUGUAACAAAGUGAUAAGAAUGCCAGUCUUUUUUUUUUUUUUUUUUUGGGGGGGGGGGGGGAUUUCCUUUUUUUGCCCCCAAAAAAAACCCUACCUUUUAGACCCCAAAACUUUAAAUUUUUUAUUUAAUAAAAAAUUUUAUUUAAAUUAUACAAAGAAAACAAAUCGACAAUUUUUUAAAAUUUUUUUUUUUGUCUUUUCCGGUAUAACCGUAUAUUAAUUGUUGGGGUGGUGAAAGGGUUUUCCCUUUUUUUUUUGUAUUUUUUUUUUUUUUUAAUUUUUUUUUUUGCAAUUUUUUUUAUUUUUUGUUAUAUUUUUAUUUUUUUUUUUUUUUUUUUUUUUUUUUAAAAAAAGGAUAAGAAUGCCAGUUUUUUUUUUUUUUUUUUUUUGGGGGGGGGGGGGCAUUUCCUUUUCAUGCCCCCAAAAAAGACCGUACCUUUUAGACCCUAAACACUUAAAUGUCUAGAUUUAGACAAAAUUUGAUUAAAAUUGUACAAUGAAAUCCAGUCGACCAGUUUUGAUAAGUUAAGUUCCUACUUGGCUGCGAGGCUUAGGGGAAUAAAACAAAAGAAGUCAGGUUCAGAAAUGAAUGAUACAUUUCUUUUUUUUUUUGCCUCGGAGCCAAGUAUGAAUUUUAAUAUAUCGACAUUGGUCUAUUGACGGAGUAUUAAUAGGGUAUUCUAAGGAGUUCCCAACAUGACACAUAUCAUGAUGAUAAUAGUUAUGUCGAUGUCGUUCUUGAGAGUUCAGUGUCGUUCCAUUUUGACUCUGAAGCAAUAACAAUUUUACGACUAUCUCACAAGCUGCAUCAUAUAGCUGCAUCGACACUUUUGCAGGUCACAGAUUCUAACGUCCUUCACAACUUCGUCAGCACGGGAGUCGUUAAUCAAGAAAAUGAGGUGAUCGCAUAUUACGUGGGAGACUUUAACGAAGUCCCCAAACAGUACGACAACGUUGUGAAGCUCAAGUUCAUGAAUGACAAAGCCGCCGAAAAGUACAUCAGCAUGCAAACAAAGCUGAUGCAAUCAAGCACAGAUCCUCAGCCAAUAAUUUUUAGAAGCAAAGGGAAGCAGAAACUCCAUGAUGUCUUCUUUGAAGAAUCGGAAUAUGCUGGGGAGAAGGAAAAGUUUGAUUGUUUUGUUGGUAUGCCAUCCGAUGACGACAAGAAUCCAUUCAUGAGCCCAAAGAUGAAAAUCGUGGACGUGCCACGUUACGAGCACUUUGACAACGAUGACUACCCAGAGUCUAGUUCCUACUUCAUGUAUGGGGACAAGAAGAACGUAUUUUUGUUCCAUAUUCCGACCAAGAGCCCUGAUUUCUUUCAGGUAAACUAUGUAAUGAAGUAGAGUUAAAAUUGAACAUUUCCAUGCCAUAAAAACACAAAAUUGUAUAAAAAGAGGUACUAGAUUGAAAGUAAUUUCACAAUAAAAUCUCGUUACCUUUUUCACUAAUACACGCGACCAAUUUCAUCAAUUUAGAGAAAAAAAAAUUUCUCGCCCCAAAUAAGUUAAUCCGCAUUCCAGAAUCCGCCAAAUUUUUGCUUGUGGAAUACGGAAUCCUGCAAAUUCGGGCCAAGGAAUCCGAAAUCCCGUUUAAGAUUAAAAUCAGGAAUCAAGGAAUCCGGAAUCCACAAUAUUGCCAUAUGUUUCAAGAUAAAUAUGGCUUUGCUUUACAAUCAGUUUAUACUGGGAUAGGUUGUAAAGUUAGCAGAGAGUGUGGGUCUAGAAAUAGGGAAUCAUGUUUCCAGUAAACUGAUCAACUUGUUGAAGAUCUUAUUCUCUAGACUGAGGAAACCAGGGAUAGAUACUGAAAAAAUUAAUUCAGUAAAAUAGCAAAGAAGGCGGGGGAAUUUGGUCAGUUAAGUCUGACUAGUAUAGGGUACCAAAAUUCCGCUGAUCUAGGUCUGGUAAAGACUUGGGAUUCCGUGAUCCCUACGGCCAACCCAGUAAAUAUUGAGCAUAUCCCCGGCAGGCGUUCGUGUUGCGGGUUCCACUGUAUAAGAUAUAUAACUAUGUUAACAAAACGGGUUUUUUUGUUGUUUCAUAAGGCUGUCCAGCUCGAAGGACCGCCUGAUGGCGUAGGCAACAUUGUAGCUGACGAUCUGCUGCUUAGGUACGGAACAGAAGUCGAGAUUCCUGGCAUUUCUGGUGCACCAGAGAUUGUAGCCGGAGAAAUCCAAGAUCCUCUCAAGAAGAAUAAAUUCGACAUCUCUUUUGUGGGAAACAAUGGUGAAGAAGUGACCAGUAAAGUGAAGAUCGCCAGGAAAAUUUGGUUCUCUGGUUCUACCAUGUAAUAGCCGCCAACUCCUCACUCCCUCUCUCCUUUCAAACUGGUUGACAACCUCUCCUUUGAGUGCACAAACUGCUAGUGAAAAAUUGUACUGCCAUCAACUGGGAACGAUCUAACGUUAUUAUAUAAUAUAAGUGACUAUAGAUAGAUGCAUAUGCAUCAUUGUUGAAGCAUUUUCAUAGCAUUUUCUUUUAAAACCCAUCGUUUCGUAGAACAUCUCCCAAAGUAUGGAAAGGAACGUAGACACCAUUCUGUGAUUCUAUUUUUCCUAAAACACUGUAAAAUCGACCUUAUGACUGAUUAAUUAAACAAGCCGUUGAAGC